UGCAUCUUAAUUUCCUUACUAGAAAAUAAGUUCAACUGAAUUUAGGAAAACCUACUUUUGUGCGAGUCUGCAGGGGAUCAUAAUCUUAAACUUAGUCAUACCAUUACAUAGCAUUGUAGAGUUGGAAGAGACCACAAGGGCCAUCCAGUCCAACUCACUUAUAUGCAGGAACACCCAAUCAAAGCACUCUUGACAGAUAGUCAUUCAGUCUCUACUUUAAAAUCUUCAGAGAAGGAGACUCCACCACACUCCGAGGCAGCAUAUUCCACUGUCAAAGAGCUCUUACCAGCAAGAAAAAUAGUCCCUUAGGUUUACAUGCAUCUUUUUCCUGAAAUUUUAAUAUUUUUAUGGUUAAAUGUGCCAUUUUUCUUUCUCAUUCAUAGUCUUAUAAUCAGAGAGAUGAAGAAACAAAUAAUAGCUUUCACUAAUGCCCUUACAGUGGCUAAGUUGUAGGUAUUAAGUAGAAUGAGAUAUGUUUGAGCCCUGUGUAGGGAUAAACUGGGAACAAGAAUACAGACAUACUUGUAGAUGGUCCAUAUGGUCUCUUCCAGCUCUAUAAUAUUCUAGUUGUGUAAUUUCUGUAUAUGAACACUGUUACUGUUCCUAUAAAGCAUCUCAGGCUUUUGCACAUUCAGUAUGAAGGUAUAUAUUAGACUGUCAUGGAGCCAGAUCCCAGGGCUGAAUUUCCGAGCCCUGGACCUGGCAUCAUAACAUAAAUAACCCUGAAAGCACCUGGCGGGAGAAGAUAGUAUGAGCCUGGGAACUCAGGGUUGAAAGUAUAAACAAUUAUAAUUGGUAUAGUGUGUGGGAAUAGUAGUAAUGUGAUCCAGAGGGUGGGGUUUGAUGAUGAUAUUUGCGUGUGGUGUUACGUUGCAUCAGAGGUGAUAAAAAUGGAUGUAUGUAAACAUUAGGUCAUUCUCGACUUUUCCAAAGUCAUGUAUUCUUCAAUAAAGAUUGGAUUUGAGAGCAGCUAUCUUUGAUCUGCGUUCAGACUGGUCCUUUGAAGUGAGCCUGACAUUUAAGUCGAGAAUCCCGUUCUCACCCUCCUGCGGAUUCGCAGUGAAGUGAUAAUGAGUGGAGAAGGAGAUCAAAGCCCAAAUGGAGCAGGGGCCCGGCCGUUGGGAGAAGAGACGUUGCAAGCCGUAGCUUCCUCUACGGGGUACCCCAGGCCGAACGGCGUGACUCAGAGGAUUCCCAGAGGAGGAAGAGGCGUCUCUGCGGCUGCAGAAACCAGUUGGGGAUCUGGAGGAAGCAUGCCAGAGACCGUAGCCCUGCGGUUAUCCAUCCUGGAAACUAAUUUAUCCAGGCUGUCGGAAACCGUGGGGAGGUUGGUCCCACUAUUGGAAGAGAAUCUCCAAAAAGAGCCCAUCCGAUAUGGCGCCGAGAGAGAGCCAAGUAAAGAAGGAGAUUGGAGCCAGAGGGGCCAGCGCGCAUCAACGCAGAGUCCCGUGGCGGCGAGGGACGAGGGAGAUGAGGAAUACUGGCGGGAGCUGGAGUUCCGAGACAGAAUGGCCCGCGAAAUGGAGCGCCAGCGAGCUAUGGGAACUCUGAGGCCGCCAACUCCAACAGAACUUCCAACCCCCCGAAUGGGUGUCGGGGUGGAAAGGCCACUGGGGCCAGGGAUCGGGUCCAGUGGAUUAGCAGACAAAGGCGGAGAGGAGCCGGAGAUCCAGGAAGUGGAGGAGGAUGUGCCGUACGACGAGGAAAGGCGAGGUGCGGGGACUACAGCGAGGCCCGCAUUCGGAUGGGUGGAAGGGCCGACAGCAGCGGCAGAAUGUCGGGAGCCGCGCAGAACGACUACCGGAGUGGGGCGCGGCGUGUUCAAAGGGGCCGCCCAAGGAAACCCGAUGCAACCCUUCCCCAUGCCCCCCAGACAGCAUCAACGGGCCGCAGAGUGGAUGCAAAGGAGGGAAGAUCUCAAACUAGAAUACGGAGGGGAAUCAUCUGAAUUGAACUUUUUUCUCAUUAGCAUCAGAGGAUACAUGGAAGAUAAUGCACACACAUUCCCCUCCGAAGCAAGCAUGGUUCGAGCCAUCGGCAACACACUAAAGAGAGGAGCUGCCAGCUGGUAUGCACAACUACAUGCCAGACGCGACCCAUGCCUGAGGUCAGUGCCCCGCUUCCUCGCCGCACUAGAAAACCGGUUCAGAGACCGGCUAGAGCAACUGAGGGCUCGAGACCAGCUUAAAGGAAUAAAGCAGAGGGACAAAACGGUGCCCGAGUACGCAGAGGAAUUCCUCCACCUCGCGGAAAGGGUACCAGAGUGGUCUGAAGUGACCAAAGUGGAGAUAUUUAAAGAGGGACUACGCCCCGAGGUUUUUAGCUGGGCAGCGCACAGAGAUGACCCCGAAACACUCCAGGGCUGGAUCCAACUAGCGGGGCGCGUUGAAUCCACCCUGGCCCAAGUAAAGCGCUUCAGGGGCAGCGGCGGCCAGCAAAGACCGGUGGCGAGAGGUCGAGGAGAAAUGAGGAAGCAAGAAAAGCCCGGAGGGAGGCCGGGGAUCCCCUUCAGAGGAGAUGACAACAAACCCAAACCGGGAUGCUUUGUAUGUGGGAAGACGGGCCAUCGAGCAGCAGAAUGUUGGGCCCGGAAGGGGGAGCCGCCAAAACCCUCAAAGCCCAAGCCAGCAACCGGGAGGCGUGCGGAGGAGGAGGUGCAAGCCCCAAAAUCUUCGGAAAGGCUGGAUUGUGAUGAAAGAAGAACCGAAGAGGAGGAUGAAGAAAACGAGGGCGCCAUGUCAUGGAGCCAGAUCCCAGGGCUGAAUUUCCGAGCCCUGGACCUGGCGUCAUAACAUAAAUAACCCUGAAAGCACCUGGCGGGAGAAGAUAGUAUGAGCCUGGGAACUCAGGGUUGAAAGUAUAAACAAUUAUAAUUGGUAUAGUGUGUGGGAAUAGUAGUAAUGUGAUCCAGAGGGUGGGGUUUGAUGAUGAUAUUUGCGUGUGGUGUUACGUUGCAUCAGAGGUGAUAAAAAUGGAUGUAUGUAAACAUUAGGUCAUUCUCGACUUUUCCAAAGUCAUGUAUUCUUCAAUAAAGAUUGGAUUUGAGAGCAGCUA